AUGGCAUUGUUAUUGUUUGUGCUAGUUGCGCUGUUGUCACCAGUGUUAGGUGACACUUCGGAUGGUGGAAUAAAACGUUUGCUGGUGCGUGAAACGGUUGGGAACCAUUUUUCGGAGGUAAUUGUGGAUGCGCUGCACCGGUACUAUGUGCAGAACCAUUCAUCCACGCUGCUGAUGCGGCUGUCCACCGUUAGCCGGCAGACAUACGACCUGCAAUCGGACAUUAUGGACGAGGUGAUGCAGCGGACAUCGCACAGCAUUGCGUACGAGCACCGAUCGGUAUCGUAUCAUCGCCCAUCCCGACGUCCACGCAUCUUUAAUCUCGCGUUUAUUGACGGGUACGAUGCGUUCAAUCAGCUGUUCCGCUCACUUGAUCCAGCGCAGAACGAUUUUUCCGGGUAUUAUCUGAUCGUGCUGACGAUGCUGGAUACCGCCCGGCGGGAAACACUCGACCCUAUGUUCACCCUGCUGUGGACGCUAAAUGUGAUUAAUGUGAAUAUUGUUACCGCCGACCUGCAGGACUACAGCCACUGGCAGGGUGUGCUGAUGUACACUUACUACCCUUACACGCCGGAAGGUUGCGAACAGAACGUGCCGCAUCUGGUGCACCGGUUUCGUAAGGGUGGCCGGUUGGACCAACGGAUCGAGCUGUUUCCGAACAAACUCUCCAACCUUCACCGGUGUGUGAUUACGGUCGGUACGUUCCAUUUGCCGCCGUAUAUGCUGCUGUCCAGGAGGAAUCGUCAGCUGCGGUACGGUGGUUUCGAGGGUGAUCUGUUGCGGGCGCUCAGCGUGAAGCUCAACUUUACCGUGCACUUGAUCGAACCGGAAGCGGGUGAGCUUUGGGGACGUACACCGGCCGCCAACGGGACGGAAGCUGAUGCGUCGGGAUGCGUACGGUUGGUACUUGCCGGAAGGGUCAAUCUAACGCUUGGCCGUUUUGCGAUUCGGGGCGAUCGUAACCUUGUGAUGAAGUGCAGCAGAAGCUAUUACACCGUGCGGAUGGGUUUUGCCGUACAGACCGGCCGUGAGUACACACCGUUCGAGAAGCUGUUUCGUCCGUUCGCCCGUUCCACCUGGGUGUGGGUGUCACUGUAUCUGUUGGCCGCACUUUGCGUCAUUUGUCUGAUCGAGUUGUGCCGGGUACCGUAUGUACGCGAGUUUGUGUAUGGGCGCGGCGUUACCACACCAAUUCUCAACCUGCUCAGCAUAUUGUUCGGUGGUGCAGUACAGCAGCUGCCCGUGCGCAACUUUGCCCGCACACUGUUGAUACUCUGGAUGUACCACUGCUUAGUAGUGCGGACUUCUUACCAAGGCUCACUGUUUGAAUAUUUGCAGGAACACAAACAUUUCAGCCCAGUGCAAACGGUUGAUGCACUGGUGGAUCAUAACUAUCGCUUCUACUCACUGUACGGAUCGUCCCUCUACCUUCAGCAGAUGCCCAGGAUACUGCCACGCAUUACCUGGUUAACGGAUGGGGAUGCAUCGAUUCAGCAACAUUUAGCACGUUUGUCCACGCAGCAGGCACCGGACACCGCCCUCUUCACCGACAUCGAGCGUGUUGCGUACUACAAUCGCUUCCACGCACGGGAUGAACCCGUGUACGUGGCGAAAGUGGUACUGGUACGGCUGCCAAUCGUUUCACUGCUGUUCGCUUCAACCGUUUGCCGUGAGCUGUUCUCACUAUCGCCUGCCUAA